GAUGUGUCUACUAUUGAUAUUCAUUCAAUCAUUGGAGAUAUCUGUGCAAAUGUGAAGUGUGAGGGUGGGAAAGUGAGUGUACAGUAUAAAGGGGAUGAUGAUUGGUAUGAAUGUAAGGAGGGCAGUAGUAUUUCACCGUCUGUUACUUCAGCCUUUAGUAGUGGCCGCAUUGUGUGUCCUCCAUACAGUGAGGUCUGCAUGGAUCUACCAAUAGAACCACCAACAGUAGAAGCAGUAGUAGUCGAGGAGGAGGUAUACAAUGUUACUGCAUCCAUCAAUUUAAUUAAUAGUUGA